CCAUUUUAGAAUUUUCAUCUCCCCCAAAAAAAAAACUCCCAAAAGUUUUCUCUGUCAAACACAUGGACCAUUGUCCCCUUCUCCCAUCCAAUCGCCUUCCCUUCUUCUCCAUCUUCAUAUUAUCCUCUCAAUCAUUAUUCUCCUUCCAUUGCUAGCUACCUUCCCUUCCCUUUCUUCUAAUAUAAAGCACAUUGUUUCACUAAGCUUCAUAUAUAUAAAAGUAAAAGUCAACCCCUUUUCUUCCUUGAGCCUAUACACACACAUAUUAUAUAUAUAAUCCAUAUAGCAUCAAAUCAUCCAUAAACCCUAGCUAACUUUAUAAGGUUGGAGAAGAUGAGCCAGUGUGUGCCCAAUUGGGACAUCGACGAUGCUCAUAAUUCGACUCCCAUCGACAUCAACGCUCUCGCCCCCUCUGCAUCCAAUUCUCUAUGCACUGAUGUUCCCUCGAUGGACUAUGAAGUGGCUGAGCUGACGUGGGAGAAUGGGCAGUUGGCUAUGCAUGGGCUGGGAGCGCCGCGGCUGCCGACAAAGCUACUGGCGUCGGAUACACUGUUGAAAGAGGCGUGGGAGAAGCCACGCGCCGGCGGCACUCUGGAGUCUAUUGUAAGCCAAGCAACCUGCAUGCCUACCCGCAAGCGCGGCGGCGGCGUCGAGGGAGUCGUGGGCGGCGAGAUGGUCCCUUGGUUCGACCCCAACAACCACCGCCAGCUCGUCGGCGCGGCGAAGAAUCCAGCGGCGGCCUCCUCCUCCGCCACAUUGACGAUGGACGCCUUGGUUCCGUGCUCGAAACCCACCUCCCCGCCCAUCCCCCGAUGGCCCGGCCACGAGCGAGAGCCCUCGGCGGCCGCACUGGGUUUCUCCGGCCACGUAGGGUCGUGCAGCGUCUUACCCGGCGGCGGGCGCGUGAGAGGCGGUGGCGCUCGGGAAAUGAGCGUGAGCGCGAGCGCGACGUACAGUAAGGAUAGCCGGCAGAUGUCGGUGACGGACACGCGCGGAGAGAGGGAUGUUUUCACGGAAGGGUUCACCUCCACCUCCAUGGCCUCGCCGGAAAACACCAGCUCGGAGAAACAGUGCACUUUAAAGUCCGUCGAUGAUAAUGAUCACUCCGUCUGUCACAGUAGAUCUCAGAGGGAUAAUGAAAUGGAUGAGAAGAAAGAUGGAAAAUCGUCAGUUUCAACAAAAAGGAGCAGGGCUGCUGCUACUCACAAUCAGUCCGAAAGGAAAAGAAGAGACAAAAUAAACCAGCGGAUGAAGACAUUGCAGAAAUUGGUUCCCAAUUCGAGUAAGACGGAUAAGGCAUCUAUGCUUGAUGAAGUGAUAGAAUACCUAAAGCAAUUGCAGUCCCAAAUUCAUAUGAUGAGUAGGAUGAACAUGCCGCCGGCGAUGAUGUUUCCGCUGGCCAUGCAGCAGCAGCUCCAGAUGUCGAUGAUGGGCCCCGCCGCUGCCGCCGCCAUGGGCAUGAACAUGGGCAUGGGCAUCGCCGGCAUGAUGGACAUGAACAACAUCGCCGCCGCCGGCCGGUCCAACAUGGCCGCCGCCAUGCCCCAGCUCCUCAAUCCUGCAGCGGCCGCUUCUGCCGCCGCUGCAUUCAUGCCCAUGGCCGCAGCGUGGUGGGACCAGGGCUCUGCCGCCGCUGCAGCUGAACGCAUGCCAGCUGCAACCCCUUCUCCUGCCCCUGUCAUGGCCGAUCAUCUCGCCGCAUUUCUGGCUUGUCAGUCACAGCCAAUCACAGCAGAUGCAUAUACUAGGAUGGCAACCAUGUACCAGCAGCAAUUUCAACAAGCUACUCAGGGUGCUUCCAAAAAUUGAUUUUUUGUUUUGAUUUUUUUUAAAUAAAUUUGAUCCUUCUUAACUUGUUUAUUUAGUUGAAGAUAAUGGCUGUGGUUAAAGAGGAUGUAAUAUAUAUUUCCUCCAUCCCGAAUUAAAGUUCCACAAUAAUUAGUCCAUUGCAACUUUAAAAAAGAUUACGAUGUUUAAAAUUAUUAAAAAAUAGUCUAUAUUAUGAAUCAGAAAAUAUUUUUUAUCGAGAAAAUUAAAGACGGUGAAGAAUUUUUUAAGCAAAAAUAAAUUAAAGAAGAAUUGUGGAACUUAAUUUGGAAAAUAAUAGAGUAUAUGAAUGGGG